AUGCCCAUCUGCAUCGAGUGCUCGUACCCCGUGUCGCACUUGUACAGCACUUACAGCCGUGCCGACGAUCGCUCGUUAGGUAAAGGCGUGCGCUUGACACAAUGUCCACGCUGCCAGCGAUUUGCGGAUAAGUAUGUUGAAUAUGACUUUGUCGUGAUCUUCAUUGAUCUCGUUUUGAUCAAGCCGCAGGCUUGGAGGCGACAACGACCAAUUCGAUGUAUGUCCAUUAUCCUUCAUUCGCUCUCUUCUCUUGUCUAUUGUCUCCUUAAAAUUGAAAUUCUCCAACUAACCAAAUUGUUUGUUCGCUAG